CAACCCCCUUCUUCCCUCUCUUUUAAUGAAAACAGUCUGCAUAAGGCAGAGUUGGAGUCUGGCUAUCAAUGCAGACAGGCAGCAGGAAAUUGCAAGGCUGGAAAAUACAAAUCAAAGAUAAGAAAAGGAGAUCUGCUGAAUAAGUAUGGCAUUCCUUACAAACGUCUGUGUGUUCCUUAUAAUAACAUGCCCCUUGUGCCUAGCAAGACAUACAACAUCUUAUUCAGACUUACCAGCAGGGAGUGGAGAUGGAGAAGGCUUGACUCAGAGCCAUGAUCUUAUCAAUCUUACAACAGAAGGUCCAGGGUCGUUUUCUAAUGGAACAUCAAACCAUGUUAAUAUAUUUGACAGAAUAACAAAGUUCCUAAAAGAAUACAUGUUGCUUGCCAUUGUGGUUGGUACCUUAAUCAUUCUGCUGAUAUUUGUAGUGUGUGGUGCUAUAAUUAUGAGCCACAAACACAAGGCAUCAGCCUACUACCCUUCUUCAUUCUCACAGAAGGAGUAUGUCAAUCACAAUGAUAAAUCUGGUGGGGCAAAGGCGUUUAAUGAAAUUCCAGAGAAAGCUCAGGAUGCUAAGGCUGAAGAAGUUGUAGACUCCAGUAAACAGCUUCAGGCUGACAUCCUUAAUGCUGCCCAGAACUUAAAAUCCCCCACUAAAGGUGGUAGCAGCAAAGAGGAACACAAAAUAAUAGAGGAACCCAAGGAUCCCCAAGUAGAGACCACCACAGAAGACAACAAAGGGGAUACUAAUGAUAACACUAAGCAGGAUUCUUCCUCUCAGGAAGUGGAAGAAAUUCCAGGUGAGCAAACAGAGGAAACAAAACCUACAGAUUGCCCUGAGGAACCUUCUGGAAACUUAGCUGAGCAGGAGAAUCAAGAAAAGGCAAUUGAAAUCGUGGAUGAGACCAAUCCCACCCCAUGUGAUCCUCCUCCAGCAGAAAACAGCACCAGUGAAGAACAACAGGCACAGGAAUCUCCUCAGCAGCCUCCAGAUACAUGUGGAGUUUAAAUGAAUAAGGGAAUACAUUUAAGAAAAUAAUUAGUAUUUGAUGAAUGCGAACAACAAGGACCUGUAGGGCAGAUAUGUUACCAAUGUGUUGUGCCAACUUGUUAGCCGGUUCUAAUUUCAGAAGGACCGCACACUCAUCCAGACAGAUAUUUUAUGCUAAUUUACAUGUAAAAACUUCAGGCACAAAACUAGAACCAAAGUUUUUACCAUGUUUGUGGGGAUACGAUUACCAAAACAUCCUUACUGUUUAUUAUUGUAAUAUCACUCAAUAAGAUUUUAACCCUAGCAGCAAUAGUCUUUAUUCUAAACAAUAAAAGACAAUAGCACAAUGAGGUAAAUUAAAUGUGCUUACCUCUGGACAAAACUAUCAUUGACAUUAUCAAUAAAACAGUUGUUAUUUUAUGAGUUUGUUAAUGUAAAAGAAUCCAUGAAGGAUACAGGGAAGUCAGAGUGAGUGAGUGCAGUUUUUUUUCCUUUUUGUCCAGAAUUAUUGUUAACAUGUAAGUGUAGAAGGGGAUACACAUCAAACAUACACAUUACAUGUAUAUACCGACUGAUACAGGAGGUAAAGCAGGCCUAAAAAGGAAAAGGUGUAUUAGAAAGAAUUUAGUAGUCCAUCAUUAUAUGGGUGCAGAAAAUACCAUGGGGUGAAAUAAACAUUCUAUAACAAUUAACUGACUUGUAAUGGUCCCAAAAAACAGACAGAGGCACAGUGACAUAACUAUAGAGGAAGCAGACCCCGCAGGGGACCAGGGGGACCCAGACCACAGGAUCAGCAUCCUCUAGGUACUUUCUUCUGAGAGCAUGUGCCUGCUCGGGAAGGCAGUGGGCACGCACAUGCAAGCGGAGAUUGAGGGGGGUGUGUAGCUUUUUUUAAUGUAUGCCGGGCCCCUUCCAAGAUCUCUUGCAUGGGGUCCCGGCAGCACUUCAGUAUGCCCCUGCAGAGGUGCAAUCUAAUGGUCAGAGGGUAAAUAGUAAAACCUAGUGUUUUUACAUGUUUCACAGGAUGGAAGCUUCCCCAUUUGGAACAUUUUUCUUAGUUUUAUGUGCCUUGCUUUCACCGUCUGAUUUUCAUUAUUAUCAUUAGCAUUUUAGUUAACAUUGAUAGACAGUAAAGAUAAGCCUGUUUAUAGUGAUACAAAUGAUUUUUAGUUUUAGAGGCAACCAUCUUUUAUAUCUCCACCAUUUGCCUUUCUGUAGUAUAAUUCCCUUACAAGAAGACAGCAGGGAAUGUGGUACUCUGGGAGUAUGGCUGCCAAAAAACAGCCAGCAAUCAAAACCAAUAUAGCAGAAAAAAACCUUUGAGCCUAUAAUACAUGGCAGCAGAGGCAAAUCUCUGUGCUAAGAACCUAACAUUCACAGUGAUUUCGCCUUUUUGCUUCCUCACUAAAUCCAGGGCCAGAUUAGCACAGGGUAGAAAAGGCUUUGCCCUGGUACCACUCACUAGAGAGACAAAGUCCAACAUUGCAUAAUAAAUGGUGUUCUUAGUUUUUAUUAUUAGUGAUAUCAAACCCGUGGCUUUUAAAAGUUUGAGGGCCACAGCUAGAACAUCCCUGAUUAAGUAUUUCAAUAAAUCUGGGGCUCCAGGUUUCUGCUAUUGUCUUAGGUCCCCAUUUUAACUCUAAAUCUGGUCCAUCAGAAAGGUAUAUAUAUUUUCAACAAAUUAGGAGAUUUAAGUUAUAUUUUCUUGCCAGCAUUGAUUCCUAAAUUUCACUACAAGCAGCCAGUGUCAUGUAUAUAUGUGAAAAAGUGCCUUAUAAACCAAUACAAUAGAACAAAAUCUCUUUUAACUAAACUGUUAGAUUUGAUUUUUGCAAUGACAAUGUAUUUAUUUAUGUAUUCCUGAAAAAAAUUAUUACUUCAAAUAAAACCAGGAUGUCUCCAUUGUAA